CCCAUCAGUGGAGGCAGUCAGUUGUGUGUCUGUCGCAAUGGCUGAGGAAUCGCGCCCUCCGUUCUUUCAAAUCGCGAGCGACAAUCAUGCCCCAUGGAUUGUCAUCACCAGUACGGCCUUUCUGGUGUAUUCCUUACUGGCCGUCGGCGCGAAGAUUAUUUCCCGGUUACACCUGACUUCGAUGCGAAAUUAUGACUGGCUGAUUGUUGCGUCGGCCGUAAUGGCUUUUGUUCAAACGAUUUGCAUCAUUUCAGCCUGCAAGAAUGGUUUGGGACAACCUCAAGAGUUACUGUCUCAGGAGACAUUUGGUUAUUUUGCCAGAUAUGUUUAUUCAGCUCGUAUGCUCUUCAUCAUAUCAAUGGCAUUCGCCAAAUGCUCGGUGCUUUGGUUCAUCAUGGCCAUCACUCCCCAACGCUCAAUUCAUUAUGCCUGCUACGGAGUUGCCGGGACGGUGGCUGCUUGGGCUCUCGCCGGUGUGUUUGCCAUCGCCUUCCAGUGCGAAUUGCCUUCUCCAUGGAUGGUUGAAGAUGGAAAAUGUAUCAACACUCAAGCUCUCGAACUGUUCAUCGGUAUCGUCAAUAUCAUUACCGACCUGUCUUUGAUCGUCAUCCCAGCCAUUAUGAUGGGAGGAGUACAAACAAACAUCAGCAAGAAGUGGCAGGUGAUGAUUUUAUUCGGCUGCAGAAUCCUUGUGCCGGCGUUUAUCAUCCCUCAAAUGGUCGCAUACCACACCGAUGUCGAUCUGGAUGAUUAUUCAUGGACCCUGGUCAGCCCCACCAUCUGGACUGCGAUUGUCAUGAACCUAUCCAUCUUGACAGCCUGCAUCCCCAGCUUGAAGGGAGUGUUGGACAUGUUCAAAUCAGGCACAUCGCUGUUUACUAUUCCCACACAAUACGAAGCCGAACUAGGAAGCUCGUCCAGGGGAGUCACCUCACGAAUCAAGACCGCUCUCUCCGGCAGACUAGGCAUCGCUGGGACCAAGAACCAUAGCCAGACGGGAGCUUCGUCCGCCAGUGGAGAGUGGCCAACCAGACAGAUGAAGAAGGUCCAAGGAGGUCACCACACAAGCGAAGUGUCGAGUGCGGGAAAGGAAAAAUCCAACCUGGGAAACAUCCCUGAGCGCAGCGAAAGUCAGAGAAGCCUCACCGAAGGAGCUAUUCUUCGAACCAUCGAUUACGAAAUUGUCGGAUAUGAAGAUCGCGGCGACUCACGCACCGCUCGAGGCUCAGACCAUUCCCACAGCCCAUCCGAGCCUGACGAUUUCAUUCGUGCAACUGUGAAAUAGAUGGUUUUCUAUUGAAGGACAAACCUCUUGUGGUGCUGGGGUUUUUGGUUUCUGGCCUUGUGAAGCUCGUUGGCAUGAUUGUGUAUAUUAAAUAGAGAUGGUGGGGAAUGUAUAGAGUGAAGACAAAUUGCAUGUCUAUUGAAC